AUGUCGCAAACAUCAAGGAAAAAGCUUUUGCUUAUGGGCCGCUCUGGUUCAGGAAAGUCGUCAAUGCGCUCAAUUAUCUUUUCCAACUACUCUGCAUUUGAUACACGAAGAUUAGGAGCAACUGUGGAUGUUGAAUUGUCACAUCUCCGGUUUCUAGGCAACAUGUCCCUUACUUUGUGGGACUGUGGUGGGCAAGAUGUGUUCAUGGAGAACUAUUUCACUAAUCAAAAAGACCAUAUCUUCAAAAUGGUGCAAGUCUUGAUUCACGUAUUUGAUGUUGAGAGCAAGCUGAUUAAUAAGGAUAUUGAAAUAUUUGUGAAGAGUUUGACCAACUUGCAAAAGUAUAGUCCCGAUGCAAAGAUCUUUGUGCUAUUGCACAAGAUGGAUCUUGUUCAAAUUGACAAGAGGCAGGAAUUAUUCACGAUAAUGAUGGACAAGUUACAAAAAAUAAGUAACCCUUAUCAUUUCAAGCUUGUUGGUUUUCCCACGAGUAUAUGGGAUGAGAGUUUAUACAAGGCGUGGUCACAGAUUGUAUGUUCGCUAAUACCAAAUAUCAAUUUGUUCAACAGCAAUAUAAUCAAGUUCAACUCGAUCUUAGACGCCGAAGAGAUUAUAUUGUUUGAAAAGACUACCUUUCUUGUAAUUUCAUCAACAGCUUCGAUUAAGCAACAACAAGCGCAACCGGAUCAACAACAACAGCAGCACAAGUUAACCAAUGGCAAAAGCAGCUCCCAGAAGGAGGAGACGGAAGAGUUGGAUCCAAAACGAUUUGAAAAGAUUUCCAAUAUUAUCAAAACAUACAAACAGUCGAUAUCCAAGUUGAGAACAAACUUUAAUAACUUGAUUAUCAAAGGAAGCAAUGGCACAACUUUUUACCUUGACGUAUUGACAGAGAAUAUGUUUAUCAUGGUUGUGUUGAAAAAGAAAGAAGAAGUUUUAGACGGUACAGCAGUAGAGCAGAAUGAGGAAUUUUUGGUACUCGACAAUAUCAAAGCUGCUCGUAAAUGGUUUGAAAAGAUUGAAAACUCGAAAUGA